AUGACUGGGGAUGCACCUGAUAUGGCUGAGGAUGUUCCUGACAUGACUGAGGAUGUCCUUGAUAUAGCUGAGGAUGCACCAGAGAUGAUUGCGGACGUACAAGGUGAUGAUGGUGCUGAGGGGUCACAUGCUGAUGAUGCUGAGGGAUUCGCAGGUGGGCCACGUGACCCAUCAGUGCUGACAUCAUUUGCGGACCAUGUUGCACACGCCGUUUCGAGUGGACAUAGGUGGCACAACGAGACCAACACCUUCCACCUUCCGGUAGGAGAGUUGACGAUCACAUUGGAUGAUGUGUCGUCACUCCUCCAUUUGCCUAUCACUGGCGCGUUGCACAACUUUCAUGCUCUUUCUGUGGAGGAGGCGAUAUUUUUGUUGACCGAGUUGCUAGAGGUGUUUGCGGAGGAGGCUAGAGCCGAGACAGCACGAUCACGUGGGGCAUACGUACGACUAGGAUGGGUUCGAGACAUUUAUGAGAUGAGAUGUCAGGCCCAGUGGUGGAUUGUAGCAGCUCGUGCUUAUCUGCUGCACCUGGUCGGUUGCACUCAUUUUGAUAAUAAGAGUGCAACAUAUAUUCAUGUGGUGUACCUAGACGCUUUUCGCGACCUGGGUCAGAGUGGUGGUUAUGCUUGGGGAGUUGUCGCGCUGGUUCAUAUCUAUGACCAGUUAGAUGAGGCUUCUAGGACCACCACACGACAGAUGGCGGGGUACCUAACUCUAUUACAGUAUUGGAUCUAUGAGCACUUUCCUAGUGUGCAUCAGUGCGUCACAGAUGAUACAUACCAGGAGACGUCCCCAUGUGCUUCCCGGUGGCUGACGUCGAAGGCGCAUAUGAAAGGAAUCACAGGAGCACCGUACAGGGCACGUUGUGAUGCUUUGACCGUCACAGAUGUGUCCUGGUUGCCUUAUACUGAGCAUCGGGGGGUUAGGGCCUUUGAGCUGAUUUCAUCAUUCCAGGGUCAGCUGAGAUGGGGUCCUAUGGUGGUCACAGCUCGACCGGAGAGGGUGCUACGGCAGUUUGGUUACAUUCAGAGCAUCCCUCCGCCGCCUGUUAGUGCUCGAUUGUCACAUGAUGAUAUAGAUGACAGAUGGAUGCAUUUUGCGGACCACGUACUAGCUGUGGGUGAGCUUUGUUUAGUGCCUGGGCAGGUAUUUGCGGAUUACAUGGAGUGGUUUUUUUGGAUAUCUCACCCUUUCAUGAUACCAACCCAGGCAGGUGACCAGCCUAGAGAUGCACCUGCCGCAGACCCUGAGGAGUACAUGCAGCUGCCCACCCCCCAGGAUUGCCAGACGAUCGCCAGAGGAGGAGCCAGUGCUGAUGGAAGUGUCAGGGCUCGACAGAGACGACGCACAGAGCAUUGA